AUGACGUAUACAGAGGUCCGAGAAGCAUGGAAAUGGACAGACAAAUUUGUACUAUCCAGUGAUAAUAUCCUAUAUUACGUGGGCCCAAGCCGACGUAAACUGGCCGAAGACCAAGCCGAGCUGUCGUUGAGACUAGUUGUAUCUACAACUAUGAUCCAGGAGGUUCUCCAAAUAGUCACGACUCUAUCGAAGGCGGGCACCAUGAGAGUAAAACAAAAUUAUUACUGGAUUGGACUCUAUGUGGAUGUGGAGAAACACGUCAAGUCAUGUCUAGACUGUAGCUCAAAGGAUAUGGGUCAGGAAACGUGUUUGCUGAACGACCAUUUCAAGUGUCCGUUAUCGAAGUCUCGACGAGCGAAAGCAAUGUCAGAUACAGACAUGCUAACAGUGGCGAAAGUAUUUGAAGAAUGCAUUUAUCGACGAUUUGGCGCUCCAUCUUUAAUACGUCAUGACCGCGAUCCACGGUUCAUGAGUGCACUAUCUCGAUCCACACUGAGUUAUCGUCCGCAAGCUAAUGGUCAGCAGGAGCGGUCGGUGAAGGCAGUGAUGUAA